ACAACGAUAUCAAUCAAAGCGUAACUUUGGAUAACAUUCUGACUUAAAGAAAAAUUGAAGUAAAAUUUAAGAACUAAUUUUAUUACUAUUCAACGACGAUUACUGACAACCCAUGAGCGUUAAUUCGCCAGCAGGUCAAAUUAGAUACUCCUCGCAAAAUUCACUGCGGCAACAUGCGUCGACAGCGAAUAGUGACAUGCUCACUCCUGAUGGCUUGGUUCCAACAUGGGCAGCAGAAGCCACCAGGGCAAUGACUGGUAGCACAUCUUUGGCCGAGAACUACGCCUUCUGUGGAGUAUAUCACAUAUUCGAUGUGCACAAGGAUAUAGUUACAUCCGUUCAAUUUGCGCACGAUGACCUCACAAAACUAGCUAGUAGUUCCCUCGACGGAUCUUUAGCUGUUCAUAUUGUGUUACCCGAACCGGAAACGUGUUUCGUCCUAAAGCAUCCCAAAGGUGUGACCGGAUUCUGCUGGAGUUACUCGAAUGAUUUGAUCAUGUCGUGUAGCGAGGAUGGAUAUGCGCGUUUGUUCAACUCUUCCAAUGGUGUAUGCGUGCGUGCAAUUCAUGGAGUACAACAAGGGGCUGCGGUAUUAACUGGAAUUUUCCACCCGGUCAAUAACAACAUGAUUAUAACUGGUAGCUCCAAAGGUAAUGUAGAAGUGACGAAUUGCUCUACUGGUAUCAAACCCAGAGGCUCCACCGCUAAAGUGAACGCGCCAGUCUUGAGUCUCUGUUUUGACAACGAUGGACAUGUUUUAUGGUCGGGAGACGAGCGCGGUUUCAUCACAUCUCUGUUCUACAGCGUAGAGAAUAACCGACUUACAAAAGGCAAACGGUUCUCAGUGGCAGGAUCAAACCCAGUUACAUGUAUAUCUAUGCGACAAUGGAUAAGUCGAGAGGCAAGGGAACCCUCGCUGCUAGUUAAUUGCUCCUCAAAUGCGUUAUAUCUUUUCAGAAUAGUUGGCCCUACUAAAAGUGCAAUUUUGCUACGAAGAACGUUUCCGAUAUCGCAUAAUUCACCCUCGCUGAAAAUUCGAAGCUGUUUUUGUCCAAUAAUGUCUUUCAGACAAGGCGCCUGUGUAGUGACAGGAUCGGAGGAUGGUUCUGUUUAUUUUUUCAACGCCGAGAGAGCAAAUAAAGCAUGCAUUAAUAAACUUCAAGGCCAUUCGGCGCCAGUAAUUGAUGUUAGUUUUAAUUACGAUGAAAGUAUGUUAGCCUCGUGUGAUUCACAAGGUCAAGUGAUUGUAUGGAAGAAAGAGCCCUAGUCUAGUCUCGACAAUAUAAUUGCUUUUGAUGUCAUACAUAUCAUUCCAUUUCCUGCUGUUUUAUGUCUCAAAACAUUGAAGAAUUUUUAUGGCUGUUAAUUGCUUGAAUAAUAAAAUCAAUCCGAUUUUGUUGUGAGUUUCUGAAUAUAUUGGUAGUUAUAAGACUUUAGUUAUCGGACUUUGUGUA